AGAUUCUGGGUGACUUCUUGCUUAAGCUUGCAGUCAUGGAUGAUGCUGACAUUAAAGUUAAAGAGCUGGAAAAGUGUGCAUCUGGCCAGGCGUUUGAGCUUAUCCUGAGCCCUCCAUCUACUGAUGCUGCUCCAGACCUUUUAAUCGCCUCUCCAAAGAAAAAGGAAUGCUCACUGGAAGAAAUUCAAAAGAAGCUAGAAGCAGCAGAGGAGAGGCGCAAGUUGCAUGAAGCUGAAAUCUUGAAGCAACUUGCUGAAAAGAGAGAACAUGAGAAGGAAGUUCAGCAAAAAGCUAAAGAGGAGAAGAAUAAUUUCAGCAAAAUGGCGGAAGAGAAGUUAACUUCAAAAAUGGAA